AAAACUUAUAAAUGUGAAUGAGGGUUAAGCCCUUUUGGGAAUAUAAAAUUUGUUGGUGUAACAUGAAAGCUUUAUCAAGAUGUACUUCGUGGUUAAUAUGUUGUACCAAAUCUAUCCUAUUCUCCGUUUCCUAACGUCUAUCCCGACUCCGUUAGUAAAACCUCAACGGUGUCGCCGUCUUCCUUUACGUUCUGGAGUAUCCAGUCCCUUAGAAGAUCGGUUAGGGCUAGCCGCGAGCUUAGAUGAACACUGGCCUGAACAUUCCUCACUUUCCUUCUUUCUUUUGGUCUUCUAAUGUAAGUUACUUGUCUUCUGCACUGUUAUUUUCGCAGUUCGUCCCGAGCAUAUAUCUCAAUCCAACCAUUUUGAAUCGGGGAAUGCUUGGGUCAUCUUCUCUGUGCAUUUUGUUUAAUGCUUCAUCUUCUUCUAUGAAUCCCAACAUCUAAAUCACACCCCGUUUCUCUUCAAAUGGUCAGGUGAUCCGAACAAUACCAAAUAGUGCAGUUCAAUUGUUUGCUUAUGAAACUUACAAGGGGAAAGAACAAGAAGCUCACUAUGAUUGGAAGAUUUUCAGCAUGUGCAUGUGCAGGAAUGACUUCAACAUUUGUUGCUCAUAACAUGUUGAGAGAGAAUGGAAGGAAUUGGGUCCUUUUAUAAUAGAAUAGGACCUCCUCUUAUGGGAAUAUCACCAUAUGUAGCUCUUAACCGUAUGAGUGUGUCCCAGGUGUUGCUAUUAUAGAGUUGUUGUGAUGGAGUGUCGAGGUUGCUGGGACAACAAGAGGAAGUGGAGUGAUAUUUUGAAAUCUCAGUAUUUUAAGGGUUCCACAAAUUCAAUACACGACAGUCAGUCCGCAAGAACUGCAUAUGAAAAACAACCAUAUUCAAGUAAGAGGUUAAAGAGACGUAAGUUCACUAUCUUUUGCUUUAUCUUCUAAUUGUUUGUGCCAUGUGGCUUGAAUUCUAUCUUUAGAUAUUGUAUUUCCUGUUUAGCUCCUUAUCGUAUUGACCCCUACUUACUUAAAAGGUAUUGAGCUACGCAUGUCAAUAUAUGAUAUAGAAAUACAUGUGCGUAGUGGUUCGAAGUGUCAUAUUUAUUUGACCGUGAAAAUGUUGUACGAAGAAAGCUUCUUUCACUUGGUGCUCAAGCACUUUUUGAUUCGUAAUGAUAGUUUACACUUUACAACAUGGCAAUAGUAAGACUUUUACAAGAUUCCUCUUCAACUGGCUGAAGCGGGAGGUGAUGUUCGUCUACCCAGUAAUAGGGAUGUGGCAACGUCAGAGGUUGUUGUGGAAAGGGCGAUCUCAUGGUUUGACAUCACCCUUUUGAAAGAAGACAUGCGUAUAAAAAGACACUGCUAGAGGUAGAGAUAAGAUUUGUCUUCUUUCACAUGAGAUUUACGGGGCUUUUUUUGGUAUGGUUCAUUAUAUUUAAAUUUUACAAGUACAAUUAUAAAUAAUCCGUUUUUAAUAUUAAACUGAAUAAAUUAGUAGUGUUCAGUAGAAAGGUAUGUUUGUGCAUUAUUUGCUGAAAUAUUUCAAAAAUUGAAACUUAGUUGUAAGCCGCACUUUUCUCUAUAGCUUUUAUCUUCAGUGUGUUUAAAUUUAAGCAAAUUCUGGCGAAAUAUUACAUUCGUGCUUUUAUUUUUAGCUUCAAAGUGCUUAAAAUUUAAAGUUUGACAAGUCCCCAAAGCUUUGUCAAGUUAGCCAUUGUCAAAGUUAACAAGUCACUCUAACUAGAAAAUAAGCGAUGCAUUGUGUCAAAUUGUGUCAAUGCGUGACCCUUCUUAAUUUGGGUUUUUUUAGAAACAAAAAAAAAACAAAAAAAUAUUAGGCAACAUAUUUGUAGUUAAUGUUUUAAAUGUUCUCUUCCAAGCUCAUGAAAGGUUAGAUAACAUUUGUAUGCCUUUUAUCUUGCUACUCUAGUAUUUCAGUUGUUAGGUUCUAUUUUGCUAAGUGUUCUAAAACCGUUCUUUAUGUAGCAUUCAUUCUUAGAUUAUUCUCAUUUUUAGUUUUCUUUACUACUUUUGCUUAGGAUUCUUGACCUCGACCCUUUGUAGAUACUAAAAAGUAAAAACUUUCCUUACCAUGUAUCCAGUCUAAGUUUAAAAAACACACUUGCACAUAUGCCUGGUUUGACCAAAGUAGUUUUCAAAGAUCUCUUUUAUAAAUCCCCAACUGCUGAACAUUUAAAUUUUAGAUUUAUAUUUACGAUAAAAAUUUGUACACAUAUUGGGGGGCAAAAUUAUAUGUUUAACUAUCUGUUUCUCCUCCUCCAUGGUUCCAUCAAUCCCUUCCAUCUAUUAGUGUUGCUAAAUAAGUGAGGCUUGUUAUGAGAUUACAUUGCUUUAAGUUACCUUGUGUUUUAAUCAAUUAUGAAACACCAUGUAAUAUGGCCUGUUAAUUGUUUUAAGUUUCUCUUUUACUACAUGUUUACAUCUCAUGUUGACUAAGUUAGUUGAGCUGGCUACAUCCUCCCCAGGGUACCCUAUACAUUUGUAAUUUGGGAAUACCUGUGCAAAUGCUGGCCUAUUUUUUUUAACCGCUGAAAUAAUCCAUUGGAGUGGAAUUACAAUAGCACUGAGAUUAGCCAAUAAGAUGGAUGUGGGGGAGAGAAAAAUGUAAGCCGAGUAUUGUACGUCCCUUUGUUAAGUAAUUUGAGGAGCUAACAUCACUCAUCUCAAUACAAAGUGUAAUUAUUCCAUGCUCUCCAUUACCUAUUGUAUUUUAGCUGUUAAAUAUACGGGCAUGAAGUUAUACAAAAGAAGUCUGAAAGUGUUGGUUGGUUGUGUGAAGAAAUUGCUACAAAGUGUAUAGAGAUGGGGGCCAGUGAAAUCUCUUUUUGUCAAAUUUACUUUUUCAUGCUAUUUUAGACUCACGUGGUUCUCUUCAAUAACGAAAUCUUGUUAGGACUCUCAAACGAGAUAAUUGGAACAUGAAAAGGCAAGCAUUUGGCUGAGCAGUGAAUCUACAUAUGUACAACGUGUCUUCCUCUUGAAAUGGUCCAAGAUUAGAGUGAUUUCUGCUUAUUUGGACCCCACAAAUCCCACUUUGAAGGAAAGAAUGACAACAGGUAGAAUAGAAAAAGUUAGGUUUAAUACACUUUCCAUGUUAUUUAAUCAUUUUAACUACUAUCAUAUUUAUUUUUUAUUCAUAGGGGAAUGCAUUUGAUAUAUUGACUUUUCACGAUUAGAGCUAUUUGAUUUAAUAAAUAGUUUUUGACUUAAAAAAAAUUCUAAAAUUGUAAAUGUGCUCCUUAAUUAGCUGAUGUUUGCAGAUAUCGACUCGCUCUUUUGAGAGCUCUUUUCCUAGGGUGCGCCGCUAGGUUUUCCUUCCGAUUUCGAUCUCACCGAUCUUCGAUCGGUUCCUAUGUUUGUUUCGAUUUUACACACAGACUACCGUCUACCGGCGGCCGGCGAGAGUCAUGCGGUUUGGUUGUGCCGACGAUUACCGUAAAACAAAUAUAGUAAGCAGUUUUGGAUCGUGAUCUUGCUCGGGUUAUGGACUCAUCGCUUGUGCCACUGGUUUCGAUUGGGAAGGUAAGCAUGGAUUACGGGUUCAUUCGGGCUAUUAUCAUAGGGAUUAAGAAGAUGCCAGUGGAAAUUGUGGUGGUGGGUUUGCAAGGAAUGUUUCAAGAUGAAUGGUUAAUGAUCUGCCCCCCUCCCGAGCCACCGUCGAGGAUGAUGUAUGAAGCAUGGAUUCGGUUGCUCUUUCAGUUUAUUUUAUUAACUUUCGUUUUAAUCCACGGUCAGUCUAUUAUGUUUUGUUUUUACUCCUUUUCCUACUGUAAAACUCUUGCAUUAGGUUUGGGGUUGAGAGGUUUACCGUAAUCGUCGUUAGCUUUAAUUUUCCCAAGUUAGGUCUAGCGAGUUAUAUUGCUUUGUCAAAGGUGAUUAACUCAGAGUCUCGACCAAGGGCUGAUGAUUACAUGUGGUCCUUUCACGUUCUUGUACCCCUGCUGAAUACUAUUUUAAUGAUAUAAGCACCUUAC